AUGACUGGGGUGGGCAAGAUGAAGUAUAAAGAGGGACAUCAAUCACCUGGAGGUUGUUGCUUCAUCACAGCCAACAUAGCCACUCCAUCAUCAUACACCAGCUAUUCACCCACUUCGACCAAACCGUUCAUUAUGCGUUCCAUUCUGGCUCUUUUCUUUGGCGUUGCUGCCGCCAUACCCGCUGGCCAAGUCCUCGCCCCUCCUGCGGCGGCCCCAUCCGACGUCAAGAUCAUCAGCGUCAGCGCCAUCGGCUCCGGCUGCCCUGCUGGCCAUGCUUGGGUCAACAUCGACGCAACUCGCACCAUCUUCGAUGUCUCCUUUGACCAAUACGCCGUCUCAGUCGGUCCAGGUGCUUCGGCCACUGAUGCCCGCAAGAACUGCCGCGUGAGCAUCAACUUGCAAUUUCCCUCGGGCUUCCAGAUGUCCAUCAUCGAAACCCGCUUCAUCGGCUACGCCUUCCUCGCCGAGGGACAAACCGGCACCUGCCGAGCCGGCUACACCUUCUCGGGCGACUCCAGCCAGGAAGUCGUCUUCCAGAAGAACCUGGCCAGUCCCUACGACGAUAACUAUUCCAUGCUGGCGGGCGUGGGCGUGCAGUCGUGGUCCAAGUGCGGGGCGUCGACAGCCAUUCUCAAUGUCAACUCGGAGGUCCGCAUCGCGCCGAUUACGUCCGCAAAGAAGGGCAUCAUGACGGUGAGCAAUCCCUGGCGAAUUGUGCUCAGGUGGCAGGAUUGCUAG